AAGAUGGCGAGCGGCAGGAGGGAUCUCGCCGCGGCGACGAUCGCGCUAGCCGUGCUGCUCGUGCUCUUCUUGCCUAGCAGCGCCGCCGCCGCCGUCCCCAGCAUCGACGCCACGCGGACGCGCCACCUGCCGCUGCGACACGGACUGCUGCGCGGCCCGGAGAGUGUCGCCUUCGACGCCAAAGGCAACGGCCCGUACAGCGGCGUGUCCGACGGCCGCGUGCUUAAGUGGAACGGCGACGCGCUCGGCUGGUCGACGUACACCUACAACCCCGACUACAGCAGCGAGGCGUGCACGGCGUCUCUCCUUCGCCCGGAGACUGCCACCGAGGGCCACUGCGGCCGGCCGCUCGGUCUGCGGUUCCACCUCAAGUCCGGGUACCUCUACGUGGCCGACGCCUACAAGGGACUCAUGCGGGUCGCGCCGGGCGGCGGGGAGGCCACUGUGCUUGUCACGGAGGUUGAUGGCGUACCUCUCCGCUUCACCAACGGGGUGGACAUCGACCAGGUAACCGGCGAGGUCUACUUCACAGACAGCUCCAUGAACUUCAAUAGGUCGCAACAUGAGAUGGUCACAAGAACCGGAGACUCGACGGGUCGGCUACUGAGGUAUGACCCUCGGACAGGAAAGGCCGUCGUGCUCCAGGCCGACAUCACUUACCCCAAUGGCCUCGCCAUCAGCGCUGAUCGAACACAUCUUAUCAUCUCAUCGACUGGGCCGUGUAAGCUGCUACGAUACUGGAUCAAGGGCUCCAAGGCGGGCACCAUGGAGCUAUUCGCCGACCUCCCAGGCUAUCCAGACAAUGUGAGGCCCGACAAAAAAGGAGGAUAUUGGGUGGCACUACACCGUGAGAAAGCUGAGCUCCCCUUCGGCGUUGAUAGCCACCUGCUAGCACUGAGGAUCGAUGCGGACGGAAAAAUAAUCGAGGAGAUGCGGGGACCCAAGAGCGUGAGGCCGACCGAGGUCGUGGAGAGGAAAGGUGGCAGAUUGUUCAUGGGAUCCGUCGAGCUUCACUAUGUGUCCGUCGUCACACGCAAAUAGAUAGAUCAAUUAGUAGAUAUAUGUGAAUUAAGGAUUUUUGUAGAACUUACUCUCUUUAUUAAUGUUAUUAUUUUAUUGUUUUGUCGUAUUUUAGUUGUAAAAUCUAUUUUGGUAAGUCAAGCUUUCUGUUGUUAAGUGGAGAUUUCUGUUGGACAAUGAUGAUGUAUUUUUUAGUAUAACGUAUCAAAUUAUCUUUGUUUAAGCACUAUAUAGGAAAGUACAGUUGCAAGUUGCAAAGAACCGAAGACACAAAAGGCACUAGCAUUGUAGUGAUAAAUUGCUCACACAAAUAAGACGAUCUAGAGAGGUUACAAGUUAAUACUCACAAAAACGAAAACAAUCCAAUCUUAUACAAAAGGAAAAGGAUUUGGUGAGAGAAAUCAACUUCGUACACGAUUUCAUUCAGAUCAAGAAAAGUCAGUCAAGUCAGUUCACAGAGAACACAAGACAAAACAUGUUGCACAAGAACAUCACAGUUCUUAGAUACACUACAAAAGAAUCGUCACAUUAUUCUUCACCGCCACACCAAUGACCAUGAAUAAUCCAGUCUCCAGAUG